UUGUCCUGCUUCUCUCUCUGUGACCUUCUUCGAACACGCAGAAGUGUUGCCAUGGCGUCAAACAAUUUGUGGCCGUUGCUCAUCAAAAUCAUAUUUCCGAUACCAGCGAGCUUCUUGCUUUUGAUUUGUUUGCCUCUGUCAACACAAAGCAGGAUAAUGCGAUGGACCCGCCGGCUCUACGAUAAGAUCUUCUCGUUCCAGGUGAUGAGCAUCCCCCUCAUCUACCUCAUCAUGGCGGCCUCCUGCGCCCUCUUCGCCGCCAUGUGCCUCGAGACCUACGGCCUGCGCGUGCGGGAGGUAAACGCGACGCACUUCGACGAGAAAAUGAACCUGCGGGGCCGCCGCUGGAGGGCCGAGCGCAACUUCUACAUCUCCUUCAUGUUCCUUUCGUGCUCCGUGUUGGCGAACCGGGUGCGGCUCAUGCUCAAGGAGGUGGACUCCCUCAACGAGCAGAUUCGAGAGAUGCGCAAGAGAUGACCAUCGGUGGAGAAAUGAACGGCCGGGGACGGCGUUGCUAGAAAAUUUUGUCUUGUGUGUGUGUUUUUUUCCAAACAGGGCGGUGUGUUUUAGUAGUGCGUUUCGUAUUUCGUAUUCCGCAUUUUGGUGUGUGUUUAUUUGUGAUAUUUUGGGGGGUGUUUUUUUUUGUGGUACUAUGUAAAGAUGCAGCACUCGAGGGACACAAAGAGAGAGAUGAUCUCGCCAGUCGGUCGUGCCAUCUGGUGUUGUAAAGUACAGCCAUUUGGCUUUCGGAAGGAGUCUGAUACGACGUAUUACGUCGGCCAGGACACACUGCCUUUCAUGCCGGAAAAUAGGGCGACCCUUGGCUGCCUCGGCAGAAGAUGGUACAGUUGUACAGCAGUUGACACGAGAAGGCGAUGAGGGUGUUCCAACAACGGGUAGGCGUCGACACAGGCAGGGAUGAUGCCAAGAAGGGUCUGUUGUAAUAGCGCAAGGGAUGGCGGCGUUAGAUAUUUGGAACACCUAUCGAGCGGUUAUGCCUACGCGUGCUGGUGACCCCUCUUUGUUUCUUGUGGACUGCAACCAUUGACUCGAACAAACCAAGAAGUGCUUUCAUGAACUCCGAUGCAUGUGAUUGCACGAGCAUCGCCCUCGUGUCUCAACGGGAAAGAGAUGGCUCGGUCAACACCAACGCGUCUUUAAUGUAGCUUAAAAGCGAGCAGUGAGUAGUACUGCGGCGCGCGCUCGACACCUGUUGCCAUCGUUUUUCUUCCGCGCUAGACUAGCAAAGGGCGAUUUUUAUGAUUUUAUGGCAGCAGCGGAGGAGGAGGAGUGUUGGAGGGGCUCGUGAAGCUGUGUUUAUUUGCAGUCUUGUUCCUCUCGGAAGGAACGAUGUGCUUCUAUGUAGCAGCUCCUGUCCCUUUGCAUCGCUCUC